AUGAGGGCACGCUGGGAGACCAAGGCCGUGUUCGUGGGGUACAAAGACGCGACUUUCCAAGACGAUAUCCCCACAGAGCCCUGGCAAGGUCUCCUGGGCCCCGUGUUGAGGGCGGAGGUGGGUGACACCAUUGAAGUGGUCUUCCUCAACAGGGCCAGCAAGCCCUACAGCAUGCACGCUCACGGCGUCGCAUACCGCAAGAGCUCCGAGGGCGCCGCCUACGCGGACGGCACCUCCACCGAGCAGGACAAGGCGGACGACGCCGUGGCCCCCGGCCAGCGACACACGUACGUGUGGCGGGUGGCCGAGGGGCCCACAGAUGUCGACCCCGAGUGCCUCACCUACGCCUACCACUCACACGUGGACACCGUCAAGGACUCGGGCUCGGGGCUCUACGGAGCGAUCGUCGUCUGUAGGAAUGGCUCGCUGGAUGCGCACGGCCGUCAGAAGCUUGCGGAGCGAUCCAUCGUGCUGGCGUUCGCCUCCGACUCGCAGGCUCACAGCUGGUACAGCGCCCGCAGCGAGCUCACCUACACCAUCAACGGCUUCGAGCGGGGACACAUACCAGGGCUGACUCUGUGCGCGAGGGAGAACACGACCCUCCACCUGCUGUGCCCCCCAUCCGCCUCGGGGGUCUUCUCGGUGCACGUGGAGGGGGUGGUGGGGGUCGAGGCGGGGCUGGCUCGCUCCGUGGUCACCCUCGACCCCGGAGAGUCGACCACGCUGGAGGUGGCGCCAGAGUUCACCGGGAAGGGGCGAGUGUUCAGCACGCUCACCGCUCACCUGCUCGCCGGUCUGCAGGCUCCGUUCCAGGUGGUGCGCUGUGAGGGUUACUCGCCCGGCUCGCAGCCUCGUCGCAGCAUCCUCAGCAAAGCGCCGCACACCUGGAAGUUUUUCAUCGCCGCAGUCGAGGUCCUGUGGGACUACGGCACCAGCCUGCAGGACUCGGCACCAGCGGAGCUGCAAGCGACGUACCUGCAGAACGGGCCGCAGCGCAUCGGCCGCUGGUACAAGAAGUCCAUCUUCGUGCGCUACGAGGACGACUCAUUCUCGGAGGAGGCGCAAAUGGAGAAGGACGACUACCUGGGCAUCCUGGGGCCAAUCAUCCGCGCCAACGUCAACGAGUUCGUCGAGAUCGUCUUCCUCAACUUGGCGUCACGGCCGCACUGCAUCUACCCCUUCGGCAUCCCCUUUCACAGCGAGUGGGGACCUACAGACUGUUCCAACUCCACGAGCUAG